AUGGUCGAGUUGUCCGAUUUCCUUGGCGUGUUCUCCAUCCUCUGCUGGGUCGUUGUCAUUGCCCCCCAAGUGGUCGUCAACUACCGCCGCAAAUCCGGCGAGGGCGUGUCGGAGAUCCUGCUAUUCAUGUGGCUGCUUGCCGACUUGUUCUCGCUCGUGGGAUCCGUCCUCAACAAUCUCUUCUACACCGUCAUCCUGCUGGCCAUCUACCACCUCGUCACGGACUCGAUCCUGACCUUCCAGCUGUUCUUCUACCGGUACCGCAACCGACGCCUGAACCCUGCUCAGAACGGGCUCGCCGCCUCGGACCUCGAAAAGUCCAAGCCCGAUACCUCGUCGUCUGCGCUCGUGGACCAUGAGGUCGAGGGCUCGGAAGAACACUCGGACCCCAAGACCAGCGACUCGGACCUCGUCGAAGAGCCCCGCGCUGCCUCCGGCAUGCCCACCCGGAUGCUGGUCUGGACGGGCCUUCUGGCCCUCAACUUUGCCAUGCAUUCGUAUUCCGCCCAGAGCAGCCUGUCGGCAUCCUCGGGCUUCUCGGGUCGAGUCUUUGCGGUCGAUGCGGACACGAGUGCCAGCUCGGUCUCCGGGCCCACCUGGCAAAGCAUUGUGGCCGAUGUCACGGGCUACAUAUCGGCAGCUCUCUAUCUCCUCUCCCGUGUUCCUCAAAUCGUCAAAAACUACCGAAACAAGUCAUGCCAGGGACUAUCGAUCCUCAUGUUUGUCUUCUCCGUCCUCGGCAACGGCACCUAUGGCGCCUCCAUCAUUUGCUACUCGACCGAGUCGUCCUAUCUCAUCAAAAAUGCCCCCUGGAUCCUCGGCGCAAUCGCCACCCUCCUGCUGGACUUUGUCAUCUUUGCCCAGUUCUACAUCUAUCGCGCCAGCCCCAGUGCCUAGGCAGCGAUCCCAGUCGCUGUCCUUGUCCUGGUCUGGUCCUGGUCUGGUCCUGGCCAUCCGAAUUGCGCCGCCGGCAUAGUCUCGCCGUGGCAGUAAUACGACCUGCCCAAAGCGUUUGCCGGCCCAGGCCAUCGUCCUCCCCGAUGCACUCGGCUCUCAGUGCCACGACCGCGAUGGAGCCUGCAUACCCGAAACACCCUCCUCUGGCAUGUUUGCUC